AUUUUCCCCUUUACCAACAAACACACAUUACCCUUUUCCUCUCAUUCUUCUCCUUUCUCUUCCUCAUUUUUCGUUUGCACUGUGGUCAUGGCUUGCACCAAUCAUCAUUCUCAUUGAAACCCUAAGUUCGGCACUCUUUUUUUCUUUUCAGGUAAGCAGCCACUGUGACUAUUACUGUUUCUAGGGUUUGUAUUUAUGUCCUACAAUCAAUCAAGGUCUGACACUCGCGAGUCGUCUCAGAAGAGAACCGGCCGAUCCGGUAGCUUUAAUCAGCACCGCGGCGAUAGAGUUGAUGCUGACAGGUGGCAGCGUGGAACUGCUUUCCAAAAUUGUUUAAUGCCAUCUCCUCAGACACCUGCGCAGAAUAUGCACAAAGCUGAAAUAAAGUAUGAAGUAGGUAAAGUAACGGAUGAGGAACAAGCCAAGCAGAGACGGCUGAAAGCUAUCUUAAAUAAGGCGACUCCCCAGAACUUCGAAAAAAUAUUCCAGCAAGUGAAAGAAGUCAAUAUUGAUAAUGUUGUCACACUCAAUGGAGUAGUUUCUCAGAUAUUUGACAAAGCUUUGAUGAAGCCAACUUUUUGUGAGAUGUAUGCCAACUUAUUUCAACACCUAGCAGCGGAGUUGCCUGAUCUGAGUGUGGACAAAGAAAAAAUCACUUUUAAGAGGUUACUUCUAAACAAAUGUCAGGAAGAGUUUGAGAGAGGGGAAAGAGAAGAGCUAGAAGCUAAUGUGACUAAUGAGGAGGGCGAAGUAAAACUGUCAGCAGAGGAGAGGGAGGAAAAAAGAGUCGAAGCACGGAGACGAAUGUUGGGCAAUAUAAGACUGAUUGGUGAACUUUACAAGAAGAGAAUGUUGACAGAGAGAAUUAUGCAUGAGUGCAUCAAGAAGUUGUUAGGUGACUAUCAAAAUCCUGACGAGGAGAAUGUUGAAGCUUUGUGUAAGUUGAUGAGUACAAUUGGCGAGAUGAUAGAUCAUGCCAAAACAAAGGAACAUAUGGAUGCAUACUUCGAUAGGUUGGAAAAGUUGUCAAAUAACAUGAAACUUUCUUCUAGGGUGAGGUUUAUGUUGAAGGAUUCAAUUGAUCUAAGAAAGAACAAAUGGCAGCAAAGGAGAAAAGUAGAAGGGCCUAAGAAGAUCGAGGAAGUGCAUAGGGAUGCUGCCCAAGAACGACAUGCACAAGCUACUAGGCUUGCUCGUACUCCUAGUCUGGGAGGUUCUAGUAGAAGGGGUCAACCUGUGGAUUUUGAUCCCAGAGGAGGGAGUAUAUUGUCUUCUCCGGGCUCCCAGAUGGGGGGUUUCUGUCCUAUGCCUCCACAGGUCCGUGGCUAUGGCAUGCAGGAUGUACGGGCGGAUGAGAGGCAUUCUUUCGAGAAUAGGACAUUAUCACUUCCCCUGACCCAGAGGCCUCUUGGUGAUGAUCCGAUCACACUUGGACUCCCAGAUGAGGAACAAGCCAAGCAGAGACGGCUGAAAGCUAUCUUAAAUAAGGCGACUCCCCAGAACUUCGAAAAAAUAUUCCAGCAAGUGAAAGAAGUCAAUAUUGAUAAUGUUGUCACACUCAAUGGAGUAGUUUCUCAGAUAUUUGACAAAGCUUUGAUGAAGCCAACUUUUUGUGAGAUGUAUGCCAACUUAUUUCAACACCUAGCAGCGGAGUUGCCUGAUCUGAGUGUGGACAAAGAAAAAAUCACUUUUAAGAGGUUACUUCUAAACAAAUGUCAGGAAGAGUUUGAGAGAGGGGAAAGAGAAGAGCUAGAAGCUAAUAUGACUAAUGAGGAGGGCGAAGUAAAACUGUCAGCAGAGGAGAGGGAGGAAAAAAGAGUCGAAGCACGGAGACGAAUGUUGGGCAAUAUAAGACUGAUUGGUGAACUUUACAAGAAGAGAAUGUUGACAGAGAGAAUUAUGCAUGAGUGCAUCAAGAAGUUGUUAGGUGACUAUCAAAAUCCUGACGAGGAGAAUGUUGAAGCUUUGUGUAAGUUGAUGAGUACAAUUGGCGAGAUGAUAGAUCAUGCCAAAACAAAGGAACAUAUGGAUGCAUACUUCGAUAGGUUGGAAAAGUUGUCAAAUAACAUGAAACUUUCUUCUAGGGUGAGGUUUAUGUUGAAGGAUUCAAUUGAUCUAAGAAAGAACAAAUGGCAGCAAAGGAGAAAAGUAGAAGGGCCUAAGAAGAUCGAGGAAGUGCAUAGGGAUGCUGCCCAAGAACGACAUGCACAAGCUACUAGGCUUGCUCGUACUCCUAGUCUGGGAGGUUCUAGUAGAAGGGGUCAACCUGUGGAUUUUGAUCCCAGAGGAGGGAGUAUAUUGUCUUCUCCGGGCUCCCAGAUGGGGGGUUUCUGUCCUAUGCCUCCACAGGUCCGUGGCUAUGGCAUGCAGGAUGUACGGGCGGAUGAGAGGCAUUCUUUCGAGAAUAGGACAUUAUCACUUCCCCUGACCCAGAGGCCUCUUGGUGAUGAUCCGAUCACACUUGGACUCCCAGAUGAGGAACAAGCCAAGCAGAGACGGCUGAAAGCUAUCUUAAAUAAGGCGACUCCCCAGAACUUCGAAAAAAUAUUCCAGCAAGUGAAAGAAGUCAAUAUUGAUAAUGUUGUCACACUCAAUGGAGUAGUUUCUCAGAUAUUUGACAAAGCUUUGAUGAAGCCAACUUUUUGUGAGAUGUAUGCCAACUUAUUUCAACACCUAGCAGCGGAGUUGCCUGAUCUGAGUGUGGACAAAGAAAAAAUCACUUUUAAGAGGUUACUUCUAAACAAAUGUCAGGAAGAGUUUGAGAGAGGGGAAAGAGAAGAGCUAGAAGCUAAUGUGACUAAUGAGGAGGGCGAAGUAAAACUGUCAGCAGAGGAGAGGGAGGAAAAAAGAGUCGAAGCACGGAGACGAAUGUUGGGCAAUAUAAGACUGAUUGGUGAACUUUACAAGAAGAGAAUGUUGACAGAGAGAAUUAUGCAUGAGUGCAUCAAGAAGUUGUUAGGUGACUAUCAAAAUCCUGACGAGGAGAAUGUUGAAGCUUUGUGUAAGUUGAUGAGUACAAUUGGCGAGAUGAUAGAUCAUGCCAAAACAAAGGAACAUACGGAUGCAUACUUCGAUAGGUUGGAAAAGUUGUCAAAUAACAUGAAACUUUCUUCUAGGGUGAGGUUUAUGUUGAAGGAUUCAAUUGAUCUAAGAAAGAACAAAUGGCAGCAAAGGAGAAAAGUAGAAGGGCCUAAGAAGAUCGAGGAAGUGCAUAGGGAUGCUGCCCAAGAACGACAUGCACAAGCUACUAGGCUUGCUCGUACUCCUAGUCUGGGAGGUUCUAGUAGAAGGGGUCAACCUGUGGAUUUUGAUCCCAGAGGAGGGAGUAUAUUGUCUUCUCCGGGCUCCCAGAUGGGGGGUUUCUGUCCUAUGCCUCCACAGGUCCGUGGCUAUGGCAUGCAGGAUGUACGGGCGGAUGAGAGGCAUUCUUUCGAGAAUAGGACAUUAUCACUUCCCCUGACCCAGAGGCCUCUUGGUGAUGAUCCGAUCACACUUGGACUCCCAGAUGAGGAACAAGCCAAGCAGAGACGGCUGAAAGCUAUCUUAAAUAAGGCGACUCCCCAGAACUUCGAAAAAAUAUUCCAGCAAGUGAAAGAAGUCAAUAUUGAUAAUGUUGUCACACUCAAUGGAGUAGUUUCUCAGAUAUUUGACAAAGCUUUGAUGAAGCCAACUUUUUGUGAGAUGUAUGCCAACUUAUUUCAACACCUAGCAGCGGAGUUGCCUGAUCUGAGUGUGGACAAAGAAAAAAUCACUUUUAAGAGGUUACUUCUAAACAAAUGUCAGGAAGAGUUUGAGAGAGGGGAAAGAGAAGAGCUAGAAGCUAAUGUGACUAAUGAGGAGGGCGAAGUAAAACUGUCAGCAGAGGAGAGGGAGGAAAAAAGAGUCGAAGCACGGAGACGAAUGUUGGGCAAUAUAAGACUGAUUGGUGAACUUUACAAGAAGAGAAUGUUGACAGAGAGAAUUAUGCAUGAGUGCAUCAAGAAGUUGUUAGGUGACUAUCAAAAUCCUGACGAGGAGAAUGUUGAAGCUUUGUGUAAGUUGAUGAGUACAAUUGGCGAGAUGAUAGAUCAUGCCAAAACAAAGGAACAUAUGGAUGCAUACUUCGAUAGGUUGGAAAAGUUGUCAAAUAACAUGAAACUUUCUUCUAGGGUGAGGUUUAUGUUGAAGGAUUCAAUUGAUCUAAGAAAGAACAAAUGGCAGCAAAGGAGAAAAGUAGAAGGGCCUAAGAAGAUCGAGGAAGUGCAUAGGGAUGCUGCCCAAGAACGACAUGCACAAGCUACUAGGCUUGCUCGUACUCCUAGUCUGGGAGGUUCUAGUAGAAGGGGUCAACCUGUGGAUUUUGAUCCCAGAGGAGGGAGUAUAUUGUCUUCUCCGGGCUCCCAGAUGGGGGGUUUCUGUCCUAUGCCUCCACAGGUCCGUGGCUAUGGCAUGCAGGAUGUACGGGCGGAUGAGAGGCAUUCUUUCGAGAAUAGGACAUUAUCACUUCCCCUGACCCAGAGGCCUCUUGGUGAUGAUCCGAUCACACUUGGACUCCCAGAUGAGGAACAAGCCAAGCAGAGACGGCUGAAAGCUAUCUUAAAUAAGGCGACUCCCCAGAACUUCGAAAAAAUAUUCCAGCAAGUGAAAGAAGUCAAUAUUGAUAAUGUUGUCACACUCAAUGGAGUAGUUUCUCAGAUAUUUGACAAAGCUUUGAUGAAGCCAACUUUUUGUGAGAUGUAUGCCAACUUAUUUCAACACCUAGCAGCGGAGUUGCCUGAUCUGAGUGUAGACAAAGAAAAAAUCACUUUUAAGAGGUUACUUCUAAACAAAUGUCAGGAAGAGUUUGAGAGAGGGGAAAGAGAAGAGCUAGAAGCUAAUGUGACUAAUGAGGAGGGCGAAGUAAAACUGUCAGCAGAGGAGAGGGAGGAAAAAAGAGUCGAAGCACGGAGACGAAUGUUGGGCAAUAUAAGACUGAUUGGUGAACUUUACAAGAAGAGAAUGUUGACAGAGAGAAUUAUGCAUGAGUGCAUCAAGAAGUUGUUAGGUGACUAUCAAAAUCCUGACGAGGAGAAUGUUGAAGCUUUGUGUAAGUUGAUGAGUACAAUUGGCGAGAUGAUAGAUCAUGCCAAAACAAAGGAACAUAUGGAUGCAUACUUCGAUAGGUUGGAAAAGUUGUCAAAUAACAUGAAACUUUCUUCUAGGGUGAGGUUUAUGUUGAAGGAUUCAAUUGAUCUAAGAAAGAACAAAUGGCAGCAAAGGAGAAAAGUAGAAGGGCCUAAGAAGAUCGAGGAAGUGCAUAGGGAUGCUGCCCAAGAACGACAUGCACAAGCUACUAGGCUUGCUCGUACUCCUAGUCUGGGAGGUUCUAGUAGAAGGGGUCAACCUGUGGAUUUUGAUCCCAGAGGAGGGAGUAUAUUGUCUUCUCCGGGCUCCCAGAUGGGGGGUUUCUGUCCUAUGCCUCCACAGGUCCGUGGCUAUGGCAUGCAGGAUGUACGGGCGGAUGAGAGGCAUUCUUUCGAGAAUAGGACAUUAUCACUUCCCCUGACCCAGAGGCCUCUUGGUGAUGAUCCGAUCACACUUGGACUCCCAGAUGAGGAACAAGCCAAGCAGAGACGGCUGAAAGCUAUCUUAAAUAAGGCGACUCCCCAGAACUUCGAAAAAAUAUUCCAGCAAGUGAAAGAAGUCAAUAUUGAUAAUGUUGUCACACUCAAUGGAGUAGUUUCUCAGAUAUUUGACAAAGCUUUGAUGAAGCCAACUUUUUGUGAGAUGUAUGCCAACUUAUUUCAACACCUAGCAGCGGAGUUGCCUGAUCUGAGUGUGGACAAAGAAAAAAUCACUUUUAAGAGGUUACUUCUAAACAAAUGUCAGGAAGAGUUUGAGAGAGGGGAAAGAGAAGAGCUAGAAGCUAAUGUGACUAAUGAGGAGGGCGAAGUAAAACUGUCAGUAGAGGAGAGGGAGGAAAAAAGAGUCGAAGCACGGAGACGAAUGUUGGGCAAUAUAAGACUGAUUGGUGAACUUUACAAGAAGAGAAUGUUGACCGAGAGAAUUAUGCAUGAGUGCAUCAAGAAGUUGUUAGGUGACUAUCAAAAUCCUGACGAGGAGAAUGUUGAAGCUUUGUGUAAGUUGAUGAGUACAAUUGGCGAGAUGAUAGAUCAUGCCAAAACAAAGGAACAUAUGGAUGCAUACUUCGAUAGGUUGGAAAAGUUGUCAAAUAACAUGAAACUUUCUUCUAGGGUGAGGUUUAUGUUGAAGGAUUCAAUUGAUCUAAGAAAGAACAAAUGGCAGCAAAGGAGAAAAGUAGAAGGGCCUAAGAAGAUCGAGGAAGUGCAUAGGGAUGCUGCCCAAGAACGACAUGCACAAGCUACUAGGCUUGCUCGUACUCCUAGUCUGGGAGGUUCUAGUAGAAGGGGUCAACCUGUGGAUUUUGAUCCCAGAGGAGAGAGUAUAUUGUCUUCUCCGGGCUCCCAGAUGGGGGGUUUCUGUCCUAUGCCUCCACAGGUCCGUGGCUAUGGCAUGCAGGAUGUACGGGCGGAUGAGAGGCAUUCUUUCGAGAAUAGGACAUUAUCACUUCCGCUGACCCAGAGGCCUCUUGGUGAUGAUCCGAUCACACUUGGACUCCAAGGUGGUCUUGCAAAGGGAAUGUCUUCCAGUGGCCAACCUGCAGGACCAAGCAUUGAUAGUAUGUCAAGUUUUGAAGACUCGAGAAGGAUGACACAUGCCCAAAAUGGCUAUGGUUCUUUGCCAGAGCGCCGUUAUGGUUCAAGAGAGGAGCUUAUACCCAAAUACAUGUCUGACCGAUUAUCUCAACAUGAUCAAUCAAGUACACCAGAAAGGAAUGUGACUUAUGUGAGCAAGGAGUGUGGAUUUGAUACAUCUUGGCCUACUUCACCACUUGUAAGAAGUGGAGGGCCAACUUCCACACAAAAUGUGGCUCCAGACAAGAUGUGGCCAGAAGAACGUCUGCAGGACAUGUCUAUGGCUGCUAUCAAGGAAUUCUACAGUGUGAAAGAUGAGAAAGAGGUUGCUUUGUGUGUAAAAGACCUGAACUCACCCAGCUUCUAUCCAUCAAUGAUCUCACUUUGGGUUACUGAUUCCUUUGAGAGGAAAGACAUGGAAAGGGAUCUUUUGGCAAAGCUUAUAAUUGAUCUAACUAUUUCUCGAGAUGUGGCGAUGAGUCAAGAUCAGCUAAUUAAAGGGUUUGAAAAUGUUCUGACUACCUUGGAGGAUGCAGUAAAUGAUGCCCCUAGAGCAGCAGAAUUUCUUGGUCGCAUCUUUGGGAAGGUAAUAUUGGAAAAUGUGAUACCGUUUAAUGAAAUUGGGAGUUUGAUAUACAAAGGUGGGGAAGAGGAAGGACGCCUUGUGGAAAUAGGGCUUGCUGCUGAAGUUCUUGGGAGCACAUUGGAGAUGAUAAAGCUUGAGCAAGGUGAUUCCGUAGUGUCAGAGAUGUGCAGAAGCUCUAAUAUGCGUCUGGAGAACUUCCGGCCUCAAGGUUCAAAGAAGCAAUGGAAGCUAGACAAAUUUAUCUAGGGUAAUAGGGGGGAGGGAUUGUAUCUUGGUAGAGAUUCAUGUCUUGUUUUUAGGGGACAUUUUAAUUUGGCAGAUAUAUAUUUAAAUGGUGAUCAAUAUAAGGGUUUAUGUCCUUGGA